CGCUCUGUCCCUCGGACACAGCGGAUCACCGAUCAUGGAAAGAGCCGAAGAUGUCGGCUCAGUCAUGUGAUCAGCUGUGUCCAAUCACAGCUGAUCACAUGGGACAUCUACACUGAUCAUCAGGGCACUGAUGAUCAGUGUGCCCUGAUGAUCAGUGUAGCCCCAGCAGUGCCACCUGUCAGUGUCCAUCAGUGCCUUGUGUCAGUGCUCAUCAGUGCCUCGUAUCAAUGCCACAUCAAUGCCUACCAGUGCACAUCAAUGCCACAUAUCAGUGCCCAUCUGAGCUGCCUUUCAGUGUCACCCAUCAGUGCCAGUCAGUGCCACCUAUCAAUGCUGCCAAUCAGUGCCAGUCAGUGAUGCCUAUCAGUGCCAUUUAUCAGUGCUGCCUUUCAAUGCCCAUCAGUGAUGCCUGUCAAUGCCCAUCAGUGCCACCU